UCCUUAUAUACUCCAGUCUAGUGUCUUCAUCAGAAGUGACCUGAUGUUGAAACUUGAGUUUUUAUAUACUCCAGUUUGGUGUCUUCAUCACGAAUGAUCCAAUCGACUUCAGCUACUUCCUUUGAUGAUGAAAAACGCUCUCGCGGGAUUGUUCACUUUAAUAUUCCUUACAUGAAGUUUAACAAAUUUCGUUAAGUAAAUAAAUUGUUCAUUUGGAAAUAUUUUUAUUUUAUUUUAAAUCAAAAGCAAGAAAUCGCUGUAUAUAAUCAAUAAAUCAUGUUUGUGAUUCAACUUUUAUUUGAUAUCUUGUUUUUUAUAUUUAUUGCAUUCGUUUUAACAGCGCUGGCUUUUGCUUGUGUUUAUUUUCUUCGUCCUGUUUGGCUUAUCUAUCUUAUAAAUUGGUGCAGAAUGAAGCGUGCAGGCUUGGUUAAACGUUCCUUAAAGGUCACAGAUGCUCUGAAAAUUUCAUAUUUGGAAAGAAAGUCAUCGACCAACAGUCCUUUGUUGAUAUUUGUUCAUGGUUUUACAAGCGAUAAGGAAUUCUUUUGUGAAGUAUCUAGUCUGUUGCCAUCAAUGUUCCACAUGGUUUUAAUCGACCUUCCCGGCCAUGGUGAAUCCACACCUAGAGACAAAACGGCAAUGUACAGUCCAUCAGCUUUUGUGGAUUAUCUACAUGAGUUUAUCAAAGCCUUUGGUGUGGGCGAUAGAAGAUUUCAUCUUAUUGGUUCCUCGCUUGGUGGGUGUAUUGUGGGAUCUUAUGCGGCAAAGUAUGGCGACGAAAAUCUAUCCUCCGUUGUCGCUACUUGUCCCAGUGGCAUACGGUCUCCGAUUUUUACCGAAUUUCUCCAAAAAAGCCACGAGAACGUCAUCAAUGGCGUUUUUGAUAACGUUUUGAUACCAACUAUAGUGGAAGAUUUUCAAAAGAUAAUGCGUUUGGUUGCCUAUCGCAAAGUAAAUAUUCCCAAACAGAUCGCUCGUGGCUAUGUCGAAAUAAAACAAAGGAACGCUGAUAUGUACAAGAAAGCUCUGAGAGAUAUGAACUCCGAAGAGGAAUAUUUGUUGCUGGAUGGUCUCCUCGAGGAUAUCAAAUGUCCAAUGUUGUGUCUGUGGGGUGAAAAUGACGAGGUGUUACACGUCUCAGGAAGUGACGUCAUUAAAGAACGCGUCAAAGAUGUCGAAGUUCAUAUUUUGAAGGAAUGCGGUCACGCUUUGACGUUGGACAAACCCAGAGAAAUGGCGAAACUUAUUUCACAAUUUUUGGAAAGAGUUCUCUCCUCUUAAUCGCAGUAUAAUGAAUGAAUGAAUAGUAGGAUCACUUUGCGCCGUGCGGUAUUUUGGUGUGUUUUUGACGAGAUUACUUAUGGCAGUCAGCCAAGCUCGAGGUGCUCCUGGCUGUCGUCAUGGUAAUCACCACUGAACUAAAAAUACAUGGAACGCUAUCUGCAGCAAAUAAUUGAAGCCAAGUCAUACACCCAGACACGCGUGUGUAGCGUUUCGAGAUUCUCUCGCGGAGUAAUAAUUGAUUGAACUACACGCGCGUGUCUGAAUGUAAUCUCGCGUGUCUGGGUGUUAAAUUUGGCUUCAAAAAAUUACUAGUCUUUUCUAUUACAGGUAGCGUUCCUUGUAUUUUAGUUCAAUGGUACCGACUGACGUUAUUCAGCGCAGUGGUUUUCUGUUUGUUCAUGUUACUUUGUCUUAAUUUUUUUGCAUUAUUUUUAUCGAGGUAGCACUACAACACCUAAAUCUAAAUAACUUGCACUAAUUGUCGCCCGGGGACGUAUGGGACAUACAUAUACAUAUAUAUGGGAUACGUAUGGGACACAUAUAUACGUAUGGGACAUAUAUAUGUCGAAACAUGUCUAUUUUAAAAAAAAUUGUCGUUUUUAUUGAA